AUGAUUGCUUGCCCUAGUACCUGUUACCUCCCGCCUCCUUCACCAAUGUCACAGGGCAGAGGUGGAUUGAAGUCGUCCGCACAACAGGCCGUGCUUGCUGAAGAUGUACGUGCUGCGUUAGACACUCAUCGCAUGCAUGUGGUGCUGCCUCAGUGGUUGGAGCAGUGUCAGCGGCUCGGGAAACGUCUUCCAGAAUCGGAAUAUCUCACUUUUCCUAAGUCCUCAAGUUCAACAGAAUCGUCAAAUCUACAACCAGGCACCUCGGCUGCUAUUAUUAAAGAUCCUCAUCUCCACCCAGAUCCAGUAGAAGAUGCAGAAGAAAGUAGCGGAGAUGAAUCGAGUCUCUCGUCACCUCGAUCCAGACGUCGUCGAUCUACAUCCCAGUCGGAUGAGGAUGAAGAGGAGCUUGCUGCAGAUCAAUUCGCUUUUAGUGGCUCUAACCUUGCUCUACCUCCCGCUAAGAAUGAUUUUAUUACUCCCGGACAGUCAAUUCAGGUAACGGGAAACUAG